UUCUAUCAAUUCCUUCUCCUCCUCCUCCUCCAUUUUUGCCGUCUCUCGCGUCGCCUCGCGCAUCAUCCGAUCGCGCAAAUCUCUCUCUCCAAAUCAAAAGAUUUCGAUUUCCCUCCCAAUUAGGAAAUUCGAUCGGUUUGAUCGCAAUUCCCCUUCUCGAUCUCGCCUGUGAUUUAGGGUUUCCUCGAUAUUUGUGGCUUUGUAGAUGCUUUGAUGGGUGGGGAGCGGAGAGCUGUGUUGGAUCUAGGGCUUCGGUGAUUGUGAGACGGGGGGGAUUGAUGGUUCGUGUUUGGGGACGGAUCGGGCCAGAUGAUACUUUGGAAGAAGAUGCAAGGCUAUGCAUGACGGUGAAUGCGAGGAGAACAAUCGGCGGCCGCAGCGGCGGCAUAUGUUGCAGAGCCCUCGCGCUGGACCAGUAGCUUCGCCGGUUCUUGAUUUGAAGCAGGAUUCUACUGGUUUCUUCGUAAAGGAUGGGCGCAAGAUUCGAGUUGGUGACUCUGCACUUUUUCAAUCUGGCAAUGCACCACCUUUUAUUGGAUUAAUUCGCUGGUUCAACACAGACAACAAGGAAUAUCCCAAGCUAGGUGUAAAUUGGCUUUACAGAAAAACAGACAUAAAGCUUUCUAAAGGUGUGCUGCUCGAAGCAGCUCCUAACGAAGUCUUUUACUCCUUCCAUCGUGAUGAGAUUCCUGCUGCCUCAUUGCUUCAUCCCUGUAAAGUUGCUUUUCUUCAGAAAGGUGUUGAACUUCCCGCAGGAAUUUCUUCAUUUGUGUGUAGGAGAGUAUAUGAUGUUUCCAACAAACGUUUAUGGUGGUUGACGGAUCAGGAUUAUAUUAAUGAGCAUCAGGAAGAAGUUGAUCAACUACUAGACAAAACUCAACUAGAAAUGCAUGCAGCAGUGCAGUCAGGUGGGCGUUCACCGAAACCGUCAAAUGUUUCAUCCCCACCACAACAGUUGAAAUCAGUUUCAGAUGGUGCACAGAACAGUGGUACCUCAUUCCCCCAACAGGGUAAGAGUAAGAAAAGGGAAAGAAGUGAGACAGAGCCUAUCAGAAGGGAGCGUUCCUUGAAAGUGGAAGAUGUUGAUUCUGCUUCAUCGAAACUUGACAGCAUGAUAAAGUCUGAAAUUGCAAAAAUAACUGAAAAGGGUGGGCUUAUGAAUAUAGAAGCUGUUGAGAAGCUAGUCCAUCUUAUGCAGGUGGAUAGAGGUGAGAAGAAACUUGAUUUGGGUGGACGUGUGUUACUUGCUGAUGUCAUUUCCUCCACAGAAAAGGAUGACUGCCUGGGUAGAUUUGUGCUACUACGAGGAGUGUCUGUCUUUGAUGAAUGGCUUCAAGAGGCACACAGGGGGAAAGCUGGUGAUGGCAGUAGCCCCAAGGAAAGUGAUAAAUCUAGUGAGGAACUUGUCUUGGCUCUACUUCGUGCCCUGGAUAAGUUACCUGUCAAUCUUAAUGCUUUACAAACUUGUAACAUUGGUAAGUCUGUUAAUCAAUUGCGGGGCCAUAAAAAUUUGGAGAUACAGAAGAAAGCCAGGAGCCUUGUUGAGACUUGGAAAAAGAGAGUUAAUGCGGAGAUGGCAAAAAUAAAUGAUGCAAAGUCUGCUAGUUCCUGUCAAUCAGUUUCAUGGCCAGCAAAGCAGGGAUUUACUGAGGUUUCUCAUGUGGGAAACAAACGCCCUAGUUCAAUUGAGCUUGUUACAAAAGACCCCACUACUCAACCAUCUGCUUGCAAAUCCCUACCAAGCAAGCCCAGCCACUUGGAUGCUAUUACAAAGUCGAGUCCUGCAAUUUCUGGUUCUCCUAAAACAUCAUCGCAGUCACCUGUUCCAUUGUCAUGUAGCUCAAAAGAUACAGUUACUAAGACAACUGGGAGCAUUGGUAUGCCAGAUGUGCCACUUACUGCAGUGAAAGAGGAGAAGAGCAGCAGCUCCAGUCAGUCACAGAACAAUAGCCAAUCUUGUUCUGGUGAUCACCUAAAAACAGCGAGUUCAUCAUAUAGAGAGGAUACAAGGAAUUUGCCAACAGGAUCAGUGAUUCCUUCUAAGACCUCUGGCAGCACAUCUCGCCAUAGAAGGUCAACUAAUGGGCUCAUUGGGACAUCUACUUCUGGAUCUCAAAAAGAAAUUAAUGUGAAGUCUGGAUCACUCAACCGGACAACAAUGAUGGAUAAGGCUGGAUUGACAUGUGAGAGACAGCCUGAUUCAACUAUAGCAGAUCAUGGAAAUAGCCACAGGUUGAUUGUACGGCUGCCUAACCCUGGCCGAAGCCCUGCUCGAAGUGCCAGUGGAGGUUCUUUUGAGGACUUAUCAACAACCGGUAGUAGAGGAUCAUCUCCGGGCAUUGCUGAUAGAAUUGAUCACAUUGAUCGGACAAUGAAGGUAAAUGGUGACACUUGCCAGGCUAAUAUUUCUGCUUAUGCUCACACAGACCCUUGGCAUAGUGUUGAUUCAAAGGAAGGGAUUGCUAUUUCUGAUGAAGGUGUGAAACCACAUGCUACAUAUGAGGAUAAACCCUGUAAAAAUAUCGAUGAAAAUGGGAAGUUUGCAAAUGUGUCUAGAACAUCUUCAUCAUUGGGUAAUGAAAAGGAGUUUUCUCCACAUAAAACAAAGAUGAGAAAUUCUUUCAGCUCUAUGAAUGCAUUGAUUGAAAGCUGUGAAAAUGAGGCCAAUGCCUCGUUAUCUGCUGGAGAUGUCAUUGGGAUGAACCUGCUUGCUAGUGUUGCUGCUGGUGAAUUACCUAAGAGCGAAUUGGUUUCCCCCCCUGAAUCUCCAGAAGGUUCACCCACGAUAAAGGAUAAUGAAGCUAAACCUAGAUUGAAAUCUGAAAAUCUUCUAGUUCAGAGACAUGGCCAAACAUCUGAGGAUGCAGCUGAUGAUCCUGAAAUGCAUGAGAAAAGUGCUCAUUCUCUGUUAGGUACGGAUGAGCAACAACAUACUGCCAACAGUGCUUCAGGUGACGACAAAUCUGUCAUAACCUUAACAGAAAAUAAACUUGCAGAUGAGUGUAAUGGAGUAUAUACUGCUUCCGCAGGUGGUAAUGAUGUAAUUAAUAGUGAUGGAAAUCAUCAACAUGGCGAGGAAGCGAAAACAACUGGGCAAGUCAACGACAGUUUGACAGAUUGUAAAAGUAAGGUAAGGAAUCCAGCAUUAGAUGAAAAGAGGUCGGUAGACUUUGUUGUAGCAAAGAUUGCAGAUGAUAGAGUACCUGAUUUGGCCUGUAAUACCUCAUGUGAUGGAUGUGAUAUCCAAAAUGCUGGUGAUAUCCAAAAUGCUGCUUCUGUUACAAAGCCAGAGAAAAUGGAUGUUGAAGAUUUUACAUGUGCUUGUUCCAGUCUAGAUGUACCAAACCAGGAACCAUUGCGAGGAGGUGAAGUCAGUGCCUUGACUGAACAGCAACAGCCGCCUCUUAUGCCACUUCACUCUGCUGCAAUAGAUACAUGUGGUGAUGCAUCUGUUUCUUCUGGUGCUGAGAAUGUUCAGUGUCUUGAAAAAAGUGGUGUUUUUAAGGCUGAAAAGUCAAAUGGUUCAAAGGGGAGAAAUCUGUUUGAGCCAGGUGAUACUGAAACAAAGGAACGAAUUAACCUUCAUUCAACUACUGUUGCUCAUCCUCGAUCAGCUUCCACUGGCAAAGGGCAUGAGGAUGUGUCAGAAAGGAAGGAGGUAGCUGAACAAAGUCCAUCUGGAUCGUCCAAAUUUGAAGCAUCAUCUACUACUCCAGCCCUUGAAUCAGAACAAUCUGCAAAGUCUACUGGUUCCAAAGUGUCUGGGUCAGAUGCUGCUCGGAGUGAGGAGCAGGCAUCUACUGAGGCAUCUUUGGCUUUGAAUGCUGGUCUGGACUGCACAUCUAAAGUUGACUUCGAUCUAAAUGAGGGAUUUCUAGGAGAUGAUGGACAGCAAAGUGAGCCUGUUGCCGUGGCCAUAUCAGUUUCUUCAUCGGCGAUUAACUUGCCUGGCCUGCCACAUUUUGCAGAGUCUUCUAUGAGAAGUGGUUCGCCUGCCCCAAUAACAGUGGCUGCUCCUGCAAAAGGUCCUUUUGUUCCCCCUGAAAACCUUCUAAAAAGUAAGACAGAGCCAGGAUGGAAAGGCUCAGCUGCCACGAGUGCCUUUCGACCGGCAGAGCCUCGAAAGGUUUUAGAGAUGCCCCUUAGCACUACUGAUGUCCCUUUAUCUGCCAACAUUGCUGGUAAACAAAUCCGUCCUGCUUUGGAUAUUGAUUUGAAUGUCCCUGAUGAGAGGGUUCUCGAAGAUGUUACCUCUCAGAGCUCUGCCCAGACUACAGGCUCAGAAUCAGGUGGUGUUAGUAAUCGCGAUGUGCCCAUGCGAAUGGCUGGAGGACUUGACCUUGAUCUCAAUAAGAUUGAUGAAGGUUCAGACAAUGGGAUUUUCUUGGCAAACACUAGCAGAAGAUUUGAAGUCCCACCGAUGCCUGUAAGGCCAUCACAAGCUGGUUUGGCUAAUGGAAAUGUAAGUAGUUUUAGGGACUUUGAUCUGAAUGGACCAAGCACAGAUGAAGCAGGUGCAGAAUUUGGAAUGCACCAUCAACAAGCAAAGAAUGUAUCUCCAAUUGCUAGUCUGCGAAUGAGCAAAACUGAUGUAAACAAUACUUCUUCAUGGUUUUCCCCUGGUAACUCUUACCCUGCUGUUGCUAUUCCUUCAUUUCUGCAUGACCGAGGUGAGCAUCCUUUUCCAAUAGUUGCAGCUCCAGGCGCACAGAGAAUUUCAGGAUCAGCUACCAGUAAUACUUCAUAUGGCACUGAUAUUUAUAGACAUCCAGGCCUUACAUCAUCCCCUGCCAUGGCUUUUUCUCACACAUCUUUUUCAUAUGCUGGGUUUCCUUAUGGUUCCAGUUAUCCAGUUGCCUCAAACUCUUUUCUGGGUGUUCCAUCCACUUAUGGUGAUUCUACAGCAGGAGCUGGCCCUUGCUUCCCUACCAUUCCUUCUCAGAUAAUGGGACCAGCUGCAUCUCUCUCAUCUCAUUACAACACAAGGCCGCCGUAUGUGAUAAGCCUUCCAGAAAGCAGUACAAACAGUGGAGCAGAAAGUAGUCGAAAGUGGAGUAUUCCGGGUCUUGAUCUUAAUGCAGGUCCAGGAAGUGUAGAUGUUGAUGCCAGAGGUGAUAGAUUAUCAUCAGCUCCAAGGCAGCUCUCUAUUGCCAGUUCCCAGGCCUUUGUGGAGGAGCAGUCAAGGAUUUUCCCUCUUGCUGGUGGAAGUUUGAAGAGGAAAGAGCCUGAAGGAGGUUGGGAUGCAGAGAGAUUUGCUUACAAGCAUCCCCCAUGGCCAUAAAGAGUCUUUGAUUUUCAGUAUAGACACAAAGGAAUCUGGUAAGGAUCAUUAGGUGGGAGGCCUUUUCCUUACCUUCAGGAUAUAUAAAUACACACAGGAACCCUACUUAUCCUGGUGUUUCACAAUGAGGCUGAUGAUCCAGAUCUCUGGGAGAAUCCCAUACAGUGCUAUAUCUUUCUGUAAAUGCUGAGAUGCUUGAAAUGAUUUUAUGGUUUCAGCUGGUGCCUUUGAUUUUGCAAUGACAUUUUUCACCCCUUCAAAGCUUUGGGCUUCAAGAGGACGGAUGGCAAGUUGUGAGGCCGCCGAUGUAAUUUUAAUGUGCUGAGCUUUUUUUAAGGUUUUCUAAGGCCG